AUUACAAAAAGGAAAAGCACUAGUAAAUUCAUUUGAUGAAAACAAUACCUUGAAAUACUUAAACAUUCAAUGUAAUGGACUUGUUGGAUUAGAAGAAGACAAAGCAUCAGUAGAUGCACUUCGCAAGAAUGCUAUACUGAUAUCUUUUGAUGAAGAUAAUUAUCUUUAA